UGAUGGACCGAAAUCGACGGCUCGAGGCUCGGUUGCAGCUGCCCCGCGAUGUCUAGUUGCUUCAAGCUAACUGACACGGCACUCCCAGCUUCGUCGGAUGAAACGGAUGAGUUGCGGCCUUGCAGGACUUAAUGUAGCUCUCGUAAAUGCUGCCAGUAUGCCGCUCUCAAGUGCAGCAGAGCUGUGUCGAGGCAGGGCAAGUGGCCUGUUUCCGGAGCUGUUGCGUCAUGGGUGGGGUAGCUUUACUAGGCCCAAAUCCGUCCCGCUUCUCCUCUCCUUCCGACUUUCCAAGCCAUGUAGCUACCUACCUACUUAGCAAGCAAGGUUGACAGGCGGCCACAAAGAAAGCCCGGAGUAUAUGUGUAGAACCUCGCUGCGGUAGGUUGAAUGAAGUGACUAACAGAUUGAGCGCAUGUCGCUCCUCUCAAAAG